CUUUUUCCCAAUGGCCGGUCCAACAUGACCAUUUUCUCUUCUUCUUUCAACAAUCUAGUAUUGUUUUUGAGUCUUUUUGGAUAGCCGGCCUAUCUAGGCCGUUUUUCCCGCGACAAUGCACUGGUGGCCUUUGAUCGCUCUUAUUCUAGGGGCGUCGGCUGCGCCAGCGCCCCAGAAGAUGCCGAUACCUUCGGUGGAUCCGACAGCAUGUGCGAAGAUUUCUCGAGCGGUAAGAUCAAACCCAAAGGCUGCGCCAACUUUUCCAGGGUCCGUGGCGUUCGAUUGUCUUAAGUCGGUACCGAAUCGGCCUCAGCCAGCCCAGCAGCUCAUCCAAAGUCUCAAGGCCUUCAUGCAAUGGCAGAGCACCCUCGCCUGGCUCAAGAACCCCCCGCCGUCUUAUAAGCUUCCCCCGGUCGAUAUCGAGGCGAGCCUAGACAAGAUCUCGGCCACCGCCGCAGCCGGGGGUUACGCGAGCGAAUAUGACUUCCAGCUUGCGAUACUUGAGAUGACUGCCGCCGCGCAUGACGGUCACUUUUCCUACGUCGGGGACGUCUUCAAAGUUUUUAAUUUCGAGAAUAAAUUAGCUGCGGAUAUCGUAUCAGUGUCAGUAGACGGAGUUACCACCCCGAAACUCUACCGUUUAUCUUCUUUACAACCUAAUUCAAGAACGCCGCCGAUAGCCAUCACCAAGAUCAACGGCCAAAACGCCACUACUUUCUUAACAGAGCUAGCCUUACAAUACAGUUUUUUCCAAGAUCCGGAUGCGCAAUGGAAUUCUCUCUUCCCGAUCUACGCCGACUCGGAAAGAGUCAGUCCUUUGGCCUCCUUAGUUGCACUACUGUCCCCGAGCGUGACAUUUACGUAUGCGAAUGGGAAGACCGACACGCAGCAAACACAGGCCGUCCUAAGCACCGGCAUAGACUUCACCUCCAUAUCCACCGGGGACGAUUUCUACGAUGCGUUCUGCAACCCGGACACAGCCCCCACCACCAACCCGGCAGAAGUGACGCUCACCACGCCGGCACAACCAAAGCGCCCUCUGGUGACCCGUACACCCGAAACUAAUAUGUACCCGCCUCCGGUAGUCCAGAACAGCCAGGAGGGCACGACCAUGGGGUUUUUCCUUAACGGCGACGGGUACGAAGACGUAGCCGUCCUAUCCAUCUCAGCCUUCACCGAGGACGACGACCCGUACUACCUGCGGCACUUCCAACACACCGUCUCGGCGUUCCUGAACGAGAGCCGGCGAACAGGAAAACAGCGGCUGGUCAUCGACCUGAGCGCCAACGGCGGCGGCGAGAUCCUCGCCGGCUUCGAGCUGUUCGCGCAGCUCUUCCCGGGCAUCGACGCCUUCAACGCGAACAACCUGCGGCUCUCGUCCAGCCUCGCGCGCAUCUCGCGCAUCCUCAGCACCGUGCCCGCGCAAGAGCAGCAGCAGGCCAUCAACUCGUCACCCCUGGUGCAGAACCUGUCGCCGCUCGACCUCGCCAAGCCGCAGGGCACGCGGUUCGGCGGCGUCGAGGACAUCCUCGCGCCCGUCGCGCUGCAGGGCGACCGCUUCACGGCGUACAUGCGGCAGCCCGAGGCGCUGAACUUCACGCUCACGGGGACCGGCGACCGCGCGAGCCCGCCGCCGGCCCCCUUCGCGCCCGAGAACAUCGUGCUGCUCACCGACGGCACCUGCGGGUCCACGUGCACCAUCUUCACGUACCUCAUGAUCUUCCAGGUGGGCGCGAAGACGGUGGCCGUGGGCGGGCGGCCGAGCCCGGGGCCGAUGCAGUCGGUCGGCGGUGUCGAGGGGUCGCAGGUGCUGCAGCUGUCCGAGAUCGCGAGCGUGGCGGGCGCCGCGAUCGGCGCCGACCCGGCGCAGAGCACGGGGGCGGCGGGCGACGAGCUCGCGGUCCUGGCCGAGGGCUACGCCGUCCAGCGCUCCCUGUCGCCCACCAGCAGCCCCGGCAGCGUCAACUUCAAGAACGCGUUCGCCCCCUCCGACGCCCGCACCCCGCUGCAGUUCCUCUACGAGCCGGCCAGCUGCCGCUUCUUCUACACGCCGGGCAUGGUCAUGUGGCCGGAGCUCGUGUGGCAGUACGCUGUCAACGCUACGUGGUCUGACCCCGAGAGCCUGUGUGUGAGCGGGAGUAGGGUUGAAGACGGGUCGGCCAAGAAGGCGCUGGAUCCGGCGUUUCGGGGUAGUGGUGGGAGUGGCGGGAUGACGACGAGUCAUUCGGUCAGCAAAGACGAAGCCAAUAAUAAUAACCAUUCUGCUUCCGCUGCUGCUGCUGUCGCCCAGAUGCUUCCCAGUCGGUACGCAUUGCUAAUAGCGGCUACUGCGGCCGCUUUGGUUACGAUGGUGUGGUUUUGAAUAGAUUCUAUACGGCUAGGUGUUUCGGUUUGGAGAUAACGAUAUAUUGAAUUUUUAAUCUUGGGAUUGGGAUGGUACAUACGGGCGGGACGACUAUAAAGGUUCAACGUGUAUCUAGACGACGAAUGUCAGGGGUUUGGUGGUGAGAUGUCUAAUGCUACAUAUUCUGCAUACCAUGGUAUAUACCUAUUUAUUAUAAUUAAUCUAGUUAAUUACGAAGAUCCUCUAAAA